GUUGUGUUUGUUUUAGUGAAAGCAAAGAUGGCGAACGAACUGGACAGAGUACGAAUCUCAGCUGCGGAACUCCGAGCUGAAGCGUCGAAUUCAGUCAACAUUUCUGACUGUCAGAAAGAUGAGCAACAGGAGCAUCACAUACACAAGCAGCAUAGGAAGCGUGAUGGAAAGCGUCCUGAACUGCAGCGCUACCAGCCGGCAUCCGGACAUGGACGGCGUCACCGUGACAGUGAGGAGGGAGAAACUGGUCAAAGUGAUCCCCUGGUCACUGAUUCACAUGACAAUGAUCGACCAUCACAGAGCGAGAAAAAGGGUGUCUCUGAAAAAGUUUUAGAGAACCAUGGGUGCACAGACGGUGGGGCAGGCACAGACAAAAGGGAAGAUGACAGGAUGAGAGGUGACGGUAGUAACGCUCAGAACUAUCGAAAGGGCGGCCACGCACAGUCUAAAACAGAAGUAAACCAAGAGAAAGGCUUUGCUGAAAAUGACAGAGAACAUCAGGAGCCUGCUGAAGCUGCUAAGCCAACACGGAAAGCCCGCAAACCAGACCGAGAAUUUUAUCAACCUGGGAGUCGGAGGAGCAUCCAGGGAAAGGAUUGUGGAAUUGGAAGAGAGCAGGAUAAGCCUCCCCCUAUGAAGAACAAUCAGAAAACUGAGCCAGAUUCCCAGCUGAGUACAGGUGAAAGGGAGGGGAACAAAAAAACUUCUAUACAUAAGCAGGGAGGGAAAGAUGAAGAAGGGAAAGGUACACAGGAAAACGCAAAAUUAUCUAAAUCCAGUGAAACAAACAGAAAGCAAGGAAGCAGAGAUUUGAACAAACCUCCGUUACCCUCUGAUGCUUCGGUUGAGAAAAUUACUAACAAAAUAGAAAAACUCAGCAUGAAAGGAAAGGGCAAAUUGGGAUGUGAAAGCCAAACCAGUGAAGAGUUAAGUUGCAGGAGAGGGGAAACAACUGACAAGGAAAGGAGAGUCCAAGGGGGAGGAACAAAAGAGGAGGAGGAAAAGGUAGAGAAGAAGAGGGAAAAGGGAAAUCGCAGGAGACGGGGAGGGGAGAAGGAAAAAGAGAGGAAUCAGGAUUCCAGAAGAGGAGAAGAUGAAGCUGGUGGAGGAAAGAUAGACCGGGGGAAAGCUGAGAAGGAAAGAGACAGGAAAGCAGCAGAAGCAGACAGGGAUAACAAACCAGGAAAGAUAGGAGAGACACAUCAAAGCAAAGGAAGAGAGAAUCGUAGAGAAAGCAGAAGAGGAGACAACAACAACAACAACCGGUCCAGAGACCCUGAGAAAGAUGCUGCUAAGACAGAAAGAAAUUCAGACAGGGCUGUAGAAAGAGGCGAUAGAAACAAAUCCAAUGCAAACAUCACAACACCAACCUCAAAACGCUAUUCCAAAUCAGAUAUUCGACGCUCACGGAAUCGAACGUACAGCAGUAGCUCAGCCAGCAGUGUGACCAGCCUUGAUGGUCCUGGACUAGGGAUGGUUGUUGAGAGUACAAAGUGGCCACGCUUGGAGCCUCGGCACAAUAACAAAGAGGGGAUGGCAAAUAGUGGAGAAGGAAGAAGGAGUCAUUUACAAAGCUGGACAACCAAUGGGGAAUCAUCUACAGAAUCACUGGAAGGGAGUGAGAUGAGUGACAUAGCAGAAGAUAGAAGGAGGAGAAGACGUGGGGAGGAAGAACCAAGUGCAGAUAAGCGGAGGGAAGAAAGGAACAGACCAAAGGGAAACAAAGGUGGCAGUAGAGGAAUCCUGAGGGUUUCUAUUGAAAAACAGUCAAGUACCACGCCACAAAGUGGGGUGCAACAACAUCGCAAACCGGGUUUGGUUCCUCGUGGCAGAGGUGGGGGUAUCCUGGUGCUUCCAGCCCGCACAGACAUCUCUCAUUCACCUGAGGUUGGACAAAGGCUUCUUUUUGGUGGAAUUAGGGGAGGAGGAGCUAGCAGGAGUAGAGGAGGCAGAGGAGGAGGAGUGAGACGACUCUGGGAUCCAAAUAACCCUGACCAGAAACCUGCUCUUACUAGCACCCAGUCAUCACAGCAUUCAUCUCUCCAGCAGCCUGUAUAUCUUCAGACGGGGACCGGUUAUGGACAACUUCACUUUCUGGACACAGACGAUGAGGUAGCAGGCAGUCCUCCAGUCCCCCAGGGUGAGCACUUUCGAUCCCAGCAGGCUGCUGCCAUGGCCUACUACAAAUUCCAAAACUCUGACAACCCUUACGGCUACCCCAUGUCUACCGGCAACCCACAUAGCCCUGGCACCGCCACCAGCCAGCGCUAUCCAUAUCCUUAUCACAUGGGGCCGUACCAGAUGGCUUCCCCUAAUGGUAUGUACCCGGGCCCUGGUGUGAGCCAGUUCUGUGGGAGUUACAGGGGAGCAGGUUAUUCCCAGCCUGGUGCAGGGGGUAGUUUGACAUUUGAAGAGGUGGAGCAACAAGCCAGAGGGGAGCUGGGGAGGCUGCUGAGGGCUGCGGAUGCACAGGAGCUCCAGCUCAGUAACCUGCUGUCCAGGGACAGAGUGAGUGCUGAUGGACUGGAUCGCAUGGCCCAGCUCAGAGCCGACCUUUUGGGGCUAUAUGAGCAGGUCAUCCUGACAGACAUCGACUUCUCAGACUCACAGAAUGUGGAUCAGGCUUUGUGGAAGAAUGUCUUUUACCAGGUCAUAGAGCGUUUCAGGCAGCUACUCAAAGACCCCACCUGUGACAACACCCCUCAUAUAAGAAACAUGCUGCUCACGCUACUUGAUGAGGGGGCAGUAUUCUUUGAUGCGAUGCUUCAGAAGCUGCAGGCAGUGUACCAGUUCAAGUUGGAGGAUUACAUGGAUGGCAUAGCUAUCAGGGCUCGGCCAUUGCGCAAAACGGUGAAGUAUGCACUUAUCAGUGCUCAGCGCUGCAUGAUUUGUCUGGGAGAUAUAGCACGUUACCGGGAACAAGCCAGUGACUCCGCCAACUAUGGCAAGGCUCGCAGUUGGUACCUGAAAGCCCAGCAGAUUGCCCCAAAAAAUGGACGACCAUAUAACCAGCUGGCCCUGCUGGCAGUCUAUACAAAGCGGAAGUUGGACGCUGUGUAUUAUUACAUGCGCAGCUUGGCAGCUUCUAACCCUAUCCUGACUGCAAAGGAAAGCCUGAUGAGUCUGUUUGAGGAAGCUAAACGCAAGGCAGAGCAGCUUGAGCGAAGGCGGAGGCAGGAACAUGAAGGAGGCUCCAGGGGCCCCGCAGUAAGAGGAAGAGGAAGAGGGGAAGACGGAGCACGUGUGGAGAUUUGGAUUCGCCCUAGUGGACAAGCAGCAACACCAUCCACUCAGAGAGGAGGUAGCGAAUCCAGCAGAGACUCUGAGCAGGAUGGAGAGCUGGGCAGUCUCAGUGCUAGUGAUCUAAACAAGAGAUUCAUUCUGAGUUUCCUGCAUGCACAUGGAAAGCUCUUCACUAAAGUUGGCAUGGAAUCCUUCCCUGGAGUGGCGAGCCGUGUUCUGCAGGAGUUCAAGACACUACUCCAGCAUGGCCCCUCGCUACUGGGCAGCACACACAUGCUGCAGAUCAUCACUAUUAACAUGUUCACCAUACACAAUGCCCACAGCAGAGGUGAAGAUGGAGAAGUGCGGUCAGUUUUACAAGAGCAGAGCAUCGCCCUGGGUCUCGGCAUGUUCGCACUGCUGGUGCAGCGCUGCACGGAGCUGCUCAGGGACACUCCUGCAGAACCAGUCCCCAUGGCUGAUGGAGAGGAGGAGGAGGGUAAAGCGGAGGAGCUCGAGGGUAUGGUGAGGGUCUCUGCCUUCCCAUUGGACCUUAGAGAACUACUGCCAAGUAUAAAAGUCUGGUCUGAUUGGAUGUUGGGACAACCAGACCAGUGGAACCCACCACCGUGCAGUUUAGAUUGUAGCCCUGAUGUUUGGCAGUGCCUGGCUGACCUGUGUAAUGUGCUGGCGCGUGUGGACCACGAGGAAAUGCCGCUGUACAAAGCCGACACAGAAGAAGUCGAGGGAGAUGAGGAGUUGACUGUGCUGCAGUUGAGGGAGGACUGGCUACUUGCUGGCUUUGUACCACUGCUCGCUGCACCACAGGAACCUUGUUACACAGACAGACACACUGACAUGGCAAUAGCAGCAGAUUGUAAGAGAGUGACUGUGCUGAAGUACUUUCUGGAGGCAUUGUGUGGUCAGGAAGAGCCUCUGUUGGCCUUCAAGGGAGGCAAAUACGUCUCUGUGGCAGCUUCACCUCCACCUAACCAGUCAGUGGACACAAGGAGCAGGGAGGACUCUCUAACAGAGAAAGAGGCUGAUGAUGUCAUAGUCGAGGCAGAGUCGUCUCUCUCCGCAUCAGAGGGGGAGGAGGAUGCCGAGGAGGCGGGAGACAGUGAGAAUGACAUCAGAGAGCUGAAGGCACGACGCCACGUCCUUGCCAACAAACUGGCAAUGCAACAGAAGCGCAGGGAUAAAAUACAGGCGGUGCUGCAGACGGGCGGGCAGUUGGAGCUGGAAGUGAGGCCUCUCUUUUUGGUCCCAGAUACCAAUGGAUUCAUUGACCACUUGGGAGGGUUAAAGAGACUGCUUCAGUGUGGAACAUACAUAAUAGUUGUGCCACUCAUUGUGAUCACAGAGUUAGAUGGCUUGGCUAAAGGCCAGGACAACUUUGGUGGAGGAGUGGGGUCAGGAGGACGCAGCACUGGUGGUCGAGGCAACUAUAAUGUUAGUGCGGCCCAUGUGCGGGCCGUGCAGGAGAAGGCCCGGUUGGCAGUGGCUUUCCUAGAGAAAGGAUUUGAAGCCAGGGAGCCGUGUCUCAGAGCCCUGACGAGCAGGGGAAAUCAGCUCGAGUCUAUUGCCUUCCGCAGUGAAGACACCUCUGGACAGCAGGGUACCAAUGAUGAUGUGAUUCUUUCCUGCUGCCUGCACUACUGCAAAGACAAGGCAAAAGACUUCAUGCCUGACCAGAGAAACGGGACAGUGAGGCUCCAGAGGGAGGUGGUACUCCUCACAGACGACCGUAACCUGAGAGUGAAAGCUUUGACCCGCAACGUCCCGGUCCGAGACAUCCCUGCUUUCCUCAGCUGGGCCAAAGUUGGCUGAACCAGGCUAAGGUGCAAUCAAAGGAACCCAACUGCUGAAGCCUGCUUGCCACUCAGCCAGGAGAGAAGACACACUUAAGCAGAGAAAGAAGAGGAGGAGAUAACAGGGGAGAGGAAAUGAUGAAGAAAGCAUAGAACCACUUCUUAUGAAACACAAAUGUAGUGAGAGCAGGGUGGUUUCAAUGAGCUUUUUCCCCCUUGUGAUGAAGUGUGUGUGUGUAUGUAUGUGUUAAGAUCAGUGAGCUUCCCGGGAAAGAGACAGGGAGACUUGACAAGUCUCAGAAAGGCUGGACUGGAGGAGAGGAAAGAGGUAAAAAAAAAAAAUAUGGCGUAAUUGGAUUUGUGAGUUGUCUGGUCCAGCCUUGAGUCUCUGCGCCUAGUUGGAGAGUGUAUACUCUGCAAGCAGUAUUCAAAUUUGAGGCUGAUGGUAGAAUAAGGCAGAGAGAGGGACUGUGUUUAUGGUCGUUUAAUUGAUUAAAGACAGCAGUAAUGAAGGCCAUAACCGGCACUUUCACACUUCUCUUAGGGCCCAGUCAUAAAGACUGCUGUGGCCUCUACAGCAGAGCUGAGAGGAAGGUAGGUGGAGAGAGGCAUAGCUGAAGGGUCUUCGUCAGGACAGUAAAAAGUGACAGAUUGAAGUGAGGGUUAAUUGAGCCCUCGUGCAACCUCAACACCUCCAAGGAAUCGCAUGCAGGUGUGGUAUUUCCUGUAAACACAGGAAGUGCUCGAUGCCUGUUUGGUUACUUGGGUCCAGCUUGAUGCUAAUAUUAAGUUUGGGUGUUAGGAGAAAAUGUUUUGAAGUAAUCAACAACAAAAAGCAUUGGUUAGUAUUUGGUUUUUAGCUCAUGUGUAAAAAGCUUUGUUUCGUUCAUGGAGGUCAUUUUUUCCAUUUUGUAGACUUUGAAAGGAAGCAUCUGCAAAGUUUACCCAAAACAGAACCAUAAUUUUAUGAAUACAGUUGUUUGUUUGUUUUUAACAGAUCUGUGUGCAAAUGUAUUUGUAAUGUCUAACAAAGGCAUGAGCAUUGAUCUAUCAAGAUCACUCAGUUGGCUGUAGUGAGUUUUCAGUUACAGAAAAUUAUGCUUCAUUGACUAUCUUGAUGGGAUUUAGCCCCCUGAGUGACGUCCCACCCCUUGAUUAUUUAAAAUCUGAAACAAAAAAUGCACAAAUACUGUUUGACCCAGGUCUGCCUCGACAGGCACAGUUUUAGGAGAUGGUUUGGUCUUUGACAUUGACUUGCAGAUGCAUUAUUAUCAAGUACCAUUGUUGACUAGUUCCUUGUCUUUUCAUUUUGACAUUCAGUCUUUGGUGCCUUUCAGUUCAUGCCAGCACUUAACCUUUUUCAUAAAACGUUUUUAAUCACCAGUACCAAUUUUCCUCUUCAGAGUGCAAUGUUCCCUCACUUUUUUUUAAGGACACCCAAUUUUCUUUAGUUGAAAUAAGAUGCAAGUUCAAGCAGCACCUCACUGAGACAUUGUCAGCUGGGCACAUGGAUCCACCAAGGCCAAAUGCCCUAUGCUGCAAUGCAAACAAAAGUGAAAAAUAAUUUAUUCACUGCCCUGUGAUUUGUAUCCACUCCAAAAUUUAAUGAGUUCCUUGGCCCAUACCACACCCUUCCACCCGAUUUCAUGAGAAUUACAGCAGUACUUUCUCUGUAAUCCUGCUGACAACCCGAACUGAAAGCAAAACCUUCAUGGUGGAGGGAACAGACAUUUAACACAAAUGUUGUAUUUGUGCUUUUGCUUGCUCUACAUUGCUUUGGGAGACGGUGUUAGGAGAUUCUGAGUUAUAGUGUAUGUUUCUGUGUGCAUUUGAGCCGGUGUCUGGCUGCUCAAAAUAGUUGUAAUCUACACCUGUGUUCUCUUAUGAUGCACCAUACACCAUUCAUCAUUCACUCAUAUGGAUUUAGAAGAAUACUGUAUGUAAACGUGGCUACACUGCUUUGUAUUUGUCCUGUACCUUUUCAGCUCGGCUCGUACAACUUCCAUCAGCAGUGGAUGUUUCAGUAUUUGUGAGAACCUGUAGACAUGUUUUAGUUUCUUCAGCCCCUCUGUUCUGGUGGUACUGAAGUGUUCAAUGCAAUCUACUGUGUUAAGUGGCUCGCUGCAGUGUUUCAGUGUUGGAGCAAAUGUAGUAAAUACAUAGUCAGUUUAACACAUCACAUUUUCGUCAUGCAUCAUUAAAAAUGUUUUAAAGGC